UACACUUACAACCAAUUUAUGCAGGAUAUGCAACGUAGAAGUGACAACAACAACAUGUUGAUUCAAUACCUUCAUGACCAUCAAAGUCCACAAAUAUAUCGUGGAUCAGUUCCAGGGCAUAUUGUCAUCAACCGUGACCGAGAGGGUGCUCACGCUAGAUUGUACAACGGUUUUUUUGUUAAGGAACACGAUGACUACUUCAUGCAAUGACCAAAUGGAACCGGAAGGCUUGGACUGAUAUUCGUAUAUUGGCAUACGGUGUACCAGCUGAUGCUUGUGAUGAGUAUGUUAAAAUAAGUGAGAGCAGUGCGAUCAAAAGUCUAAAAUGUUUUUGCCGUGCAAUAAUAGAAAUUUUUUCAACGCAAUAUUUGAGAAGCCCGACAACUAAUGAUAUUGCUAGACUUUUAUAUAUUGGUGAGCAACGUGGAUUUCCAGGGAUGCUAGGUAGUUUAGAUUGUAUGCAUUGGAAAUGGAAAAAUUGUCCUACAGGGUGGAGCGGUUCAUAUUCAGGUCGUAGUGGAAGUCCUACAAUUAUCCUUGAAGCUGUGGCAGAUUAUGAUCUUUGGAUAUGGCAUGCUUAUUUUGGAUUGCCCGGCAGCAACAACGACAUCAAUGUGUUAGAUUCCUCUCAUCUUUUCUAUAAUCUCACUCAAGGUAUUGCUCCUCCUGCUCAUUAUGUUAUUCAAGGCAAAGAAUACAAUAUGGGUUAUUACCUAGCUGAUGGAAUAUACCCAAAAUGGUCUACUAUUGUGCAAACAAUUCAUGAGCCUCGUACCCCAAAGGCAAAAUAUUUUGCCGCAAGGCAAGAGUCAUGUAGAAAAGAUGUAGAACGUGCAUUUGGUGUUCUCCAAUCACGUUUCUCAAUUGUAGCAGGACCAAUGCGGUAUUGGGAUAAAGAAGUGUUGCGUGACAUAAUGAUUACAUGUAUAUAUUUUGCAUAACAUGAUAGUUGAAGAUGAGCGUGACCUGAGUUCUCCAAUCCAAGAUGCUAGACAAGCACCACAACCAGAAGUUGAGAUGACGACAAAUGAAGAUGUUCGAUUUCAAGAGUACUUGACUCGGUAUGCCGCAAUAAGAAAUAAAAAUGCACAUCUAGAACUUCGAAAUGCAUUAGUUGAUCAUUUGUGGGACAAUUUCUCAAAUACGCAGUCUUGAAUUUUAGCUACUUUUUUACGGGUUGUCUUAUGUUUUAUAUAAUUAUGGUGUUUUUGAAUGUAUUUUAAUUUAUGUUUGAAUGUUAUUGUAGU